AUGGCCAUGGAAGUACACCUCACCUCUCGCAUCAGUCCUAAUGAAGAAAAGAUCACCAUGACACCAUCCCCAUCGCGAACGCUCCAAGUUUCUUGCGAAGAGUGUGAUGCCUUGAUUACGUACGUGGACACAUGCUCAGAACGCGCACGCGGUUCGUUCGCGCUUGCUGCUGGGCUCGGCCCGGCGCCCGCGUCCUUCUCCGGCGGAUGCGUCUCCACGGGUUCCUUCAACGCCUCCGCCUACUGCAACAAGAUCAUCGGCACCAAGUUCUUUUACAAGGGAUACGAGACUGCUCUCGGCCACCCCAUCGAUGACACGAAGGAGUCCAAGUCGCCGUUAGACACUGAGGGCCACGGGACCCACACCGCCUCUACGGCGGCGGGGUCGCCGGUGACCGGAGCAGGAUUCUUCGACUACGCGAAUGGCCAGUCGGUGGGCAUGGCUCCCAGCGCGCGCAUCGCGGCAUACAAGAUCUGCUGGAAGUCCGGCUGCUACGACUCCGACAUCCUCGCAGCCAUGGACGAGGCCGUCGCCGACGGCGUAGACGUCAUCUCCCUCUCCGUCGGCACCAACAGGUAUGCCCCCAGCUUCUUCCGCGACUCUAUUGCCAUCGGCGCCUUCCACGCCGUGAGCAAGGGCAUCGUCCUCUCCUGCUCCGCAGGCAACUCCGGGCCCGGCGAGUACACCGCCGUCAACAUAGCGCCAUGGAUACUGACCGUCGGCGCAUCUACCAUCGACCGCGAGUUCCCCGCUGAUGUGGUUCUAGGCGAUGGCCGCGUCUUUGGCGGCGUGUCACUGUACGCCGGUGACCCCCUUGACUCAACACAGUUGCCGCUAGUGUUCGCCGGGGACUGUGGCUCCCGGCUUUGCAUACAGGGCGACCUCGACUCGGAGAAGGUGGCCGGCAAGAUCGUGGUAUGUGAUGUGCUGCUACUAUUACUAAACUAA